AUGAAUCUCACAACAAUCCUAACUCUCACCUUUUCCUUGGUGAGUUUGCAGAUCUGCGCGUCAAAGGAGCUACUACAAGACCAAAUUCAAGAAUGCCAAUCUCAUCCAGACAGCAAGUUACCCGACGAUGUAUUAUACAAAGUUCUAGGAGGAGAAUACGCUGACCAUCCCAACAUGGCCGGUCACAUCUUCUGCAUGUACAAAAAACUAAACAUCAUGAAAGAAAACGGUGAAAUCGUGAAAGAUGAAGUCAUCAAUAACAUUCGAAAAACGUUUCACAACGAUAUCGUGAACAUGGUCGCCGUCUCCGAUUAUUGCACGAAGAAUUCCACAGCGGACACUAACGUAAAAACCGCCUUAAACCUCUACCGAUGCCUCUUCAAGUACACAAACCUUGCCAAGGAACUGUGGAAUCGCGGCAAGCAGCUCCAAAAGGUAGAAAACGAGUGCCAAGCUAAUCCAUCAACGGCUAUGAACAUUACCCAAUUCCUGAUCGAAUUGCGCUCUGAUACGCCGGAACUCAGCACUCCUCUAACUAAUCACAUAUUGUGCUUCGCCAAGAAGAGCAAAAUGAUGAAUGAGGACGGAAAAUUGGAUGUGUCGAUGAUCAAAGAAGACCUUAAACUUUUCGGUUAUCCUGAUAAUGAAAUCGACAACAUUGGAACGAAAUGUGUACAAGAGCACAUACAUGAUUCCAAAGAUACUGUUCAUUUGAAAUUAUUCAAAUGCUUCAGCAAGUACUGGCAUUACCUGUAUAUUCCAUCGUCAUAA